AUGGCCUCCGCCGCCGCGGAAGAGAACCUCAACGCAGCCGGCAAGCUGGACGCCGAGAUCGUGCACGCCGAACGCAUCGUCGCCGAAGACGAGAUAACCAAGACUGAAGACCAUGGCAUGUCGCCAGCGGAGAUCCGCAAGUUCACGCUCAAGCAAGACUGGCGCGUCCUUCCUAUGCUCGGAGUCAUCUACGCCGUGUCCAUCAUCGACAGGAUCAACAUCGGCUCCGCCAAAGUCCUCGGCAUGACCGAAGACCUCUCCCUGGGCAGCGGCCCCCGCUACAGCAUCAUCCUGAUGCUCUUCUUCCCAGCCUACGCCCUCAGCGACGUCCCCUCCAACUGGCUGCUCACCUACAUCUCCCCCCGCUGGUGGCUCCCCUUCCUCAUGUUCAGCUGGGGCGCCACCCUCUGCGGCAUGGCGUUCCUGCACAACUGGCAGGUCAUGGCGUUCUUGCGCUUCAUGCUCGGCGCCUUCGAAGGCGGCGUCUUGCCCGGCGUGACCUUCACCAUCGCGUGCUGGUACACCAAGGCCGAGCUGCAUAAGCGGAUCGCCUUUGCGUACGGCUUGGGCAUCGUGGCCAGCGCGUUUGCGGGGAUCUUGAGCUAUGGGCUGGGGCAGAUGGACGGUGUUAGGGGCAUGAGGGGGUGGCGGUGGGUGUUUUCGAUCGAAGGCGGCGCCACCAUGUUCCUCGCCAUCAUCGCCCCCCUACUCCUCCCCUCCUUUCCCGAGAAAGCCAAGUGGCUCAAGCCGCGCCAGAAAAUCUACCUGUUUCAAAAGCUGCAGCGCGACCACGGGCAGUACGAGACGGAAAAAGUCGGCCCCCGCACCGUGUUGCAUGUCAGCAAGGACGGGUUGCUGUGGUUGCAAGGAAGCAUCUACAUGUUUUGCGUGGGCACGGCGAACGCGACGGCUUUCUUUGCGCCUACGAUCAUUACGGGCCUCGGCUACUCCGGCCUCGACGCCUCGCUGCGCAGCGGCUACCCCUUUUUCCCCGCGCUCGGCGGCCUCAUGAUCACCUCGUACAUCUCGGAUCGCUACCAGGCGCGUGCGACCGUCUGUCUGGUGAACACGUUGAUCAUGAUGAUUGGCUUUAUCCUCAUCCGAGCCGACGCCGGUUUCAGCAAUGAGGUGCGCUACCUCGGCCUCUUUUUCGCCACCAUGGGCGUGCACUGCAAUGUACCCGCUCUUCUAGCAUUCAACCAGAGCAACACGCUUGGCACCGCCAACCGCGCCGUAAGUAGCGGCAUCCUCAUUGCGUGCGGCGCCGUGGGCGGCAUCAUUGGGAGUCUGAUUUUCCGCGGCGAGGAUGCCCCUACGUACGGGCCGGGUAUCUACACCACCAUCGGCAUGUGUGUGUAUAUCUGGUGCGUGUUGGUGAUCCUGAUCGUCGUUUUCAAGCGGAAGAACAAGCUCCUCGCGCAAGGAGGCCAUGUUCCUGGUGCGCCGGAAGGCUUCCGGUUCAGCCUGUAG